AUGGUCGCAGGGGAAGCAGAUAUGCAUUGCGCAUAUCUGGCGAAACUCACAGGAUCUGCGAUACUCACUAAUGAUUCGGAUCUUAUACUUCAUGAUAUCGGGCCGCAUGGUUCCGUCGUACUCCUUCAUUCAUUAGAAUUGGAAAAUACGUACAGCGCUCGAUCAAUAGACGUGCCACUUCGAGCGGUGCAGCUGCAUCCAGCAUCACUCGCUCAACGCUUUGGGUUGGCUGAUUUACUGCGCCUGGCAUAUGAACUUAAACUUCACCCAAAUUCGGGAUUAACGGAGCUGAUACGGCUUGCAGAAGAGACCCUCAGACCCCAAGGAUCUGCAGGCUAUUUGGAAUUCUCCGAGGAGUAUAAGGUCCCAGAACAUGCACAAUGGGGGUUUGCGAACUCUCAUCACCUUGACCCCAGAGUCUUAGAGUUGGUCUGGCAAUAUGAAACCCAAGAAAUCAAUUCAUGGGACGAGUUCCCUCGGUUUUAUCUUGCAAUUCUAAACGAAGAUCAUACCAGGCGGUGCGCUUGGGAGAACGGCUUCUCAUAUAGAGUUCUAGGCUAUUCGAUCUUUAAUGCUUCGCGUCCGCCGUCUCGGAGAUCUCGCUUCAUCGAUGAGUUUGUACGACGAGGGGGAAGAAUUGCAAGGGAUACUCUAGCAAUCCGUGAUGCAGGCUGGAUCGCAGAUCAAAUGACGGCUUUCUAUGCACGUCUCAGUCUAGUUCGAGACGCCCUGGGCGAAAAUGUCACAACCACAAACUUAUGGAGAAUAUUUGCACUGUGUGAGAUAUAUGGUUGGGGGGACAGUGGCUCUCCACUUCCCAAGGCUAAGCCAUUUAGCAGAUUCCUCAAUUUUGGUUAUAUGGGUGAUCAGACAGACUGGGCAGACAUACACCUUACGGCGCAGGUCCAGGCUGUGCUCUAUUCUUUGAGAAUUAUGAGACAACUGAUUGGGUUCACAACUUCGGCCAACGAUCUCAUGCUCAAAAUGCAGGACGCUCUUAUGAGCCUUCCCCCACUUCAUGUGUUGAUGAGAUCGAGAUUCGAGAUGGCGAACGAGUACCUUACUGAAGAUGCUGCUGGUGAAUUUCUGAAGAGAUACAAACAGCUAGCGAGAUGA